AUGAACCUCACCAUGAGAGACUACCAAUACCAACCUCUCCAGCAUGGCGAGAUCCGCCUCCUCCGCCUCGACCCCGUCACCAGUCCCGGCCAAGCCCUCUCCGGUUCCAUCCUCCACCACCGCCUGACCAACCCCACCUACCGCCCAGGCACCGACGGCCAGCCCGCCUACCUGGAGCAGCCGCGGCGCUACGAGGCCAUCUCAUACCACUGGGGCGCCGACGCGAGCACGCCCCAUCGGCUGUGCAUCGUCGACGACGACCGCGGACCGUCCGUCAUCCGCCUCACCGCCGCCCUGCGCGCCGUCCUCGACCGCCUCGCCCUGCCCGACCGCCACCGCGUCCUGUGGGCCGACGCCAUCUGCAUCAACCAGGUCACCAGCCGCGACAACGAGGAAAAGGGUGCUCAGAUCAAGCUCAUGCCCGACAUCUACCGCGUCGCCGCCGCCCUCGACCUGCUCACCACCAUUGCCGACCACUCCGAGUACCUCGACGACUCGCAGCAGCAGUAUCCAGCCGCCCAGGACCCUGCGCUUGUCGAAAGCGAGACCGCCAUUGCCCUCGCCCGCCGUCGCCGCGCUGAGCUUGCCCUGCCGCCCCCGACCGACGCCCGCUGGGCCGCCCUGCGAGCCUUUCUGCGCCGCCCCUGGUUCCGCCGCGUCUGGGUCAUCCAAGAGCUGUGCCUCGCCGCCAAGGCCUACUGCGACAACCGCAGCCUCAUCUUUGCCGGCUUCAAGCCCGAUCCGCUCAGCGGCACCCGGACGCGAGACGAGUUCCGCGAGGCCCACGAGGGUGCCCGCGCCCUUCAUGUCAUCGCCGACCUGCGCAUGCGCGCCUGGGGCUACAUGUCGACGCAGUACAUGGUGCUUAGCCUCGACCACGACCACGGGCCGGCCUCGUCCCCCUCUGGCCUCUCGGUCCGCAAGAACUUUGACGCCAUCAGGAGCUUCGAGGACCUGAUGCGCGACAAGCUGCUCAUGGACCGCGCAUCCGGCGAUACGUUUCCCUUUGGCCAGCCAGAUCUACUCGAGCUGCUGCACCGCACCAGCAACUUCCUCGCCAGCCAGCCCGUCGACCGACUCUAUGCGCUCCUCGGCCUGGCCGACGACACGGGCCACCUCGAGCCCAUCUACUCGGACCGGCAGACCUUGCCCGUCGUCACCACCCGUUUCGCCGCGUCAUUUAUCCGAAAGGGGCGCCUUGCCGACGUCCUGGCCACCGCGGGCAUCAGGUCGGAGACGCCCUCGGCCGGUGAUCCGCCAUCGUGGGUCCCCGACUGGACAAAGGUCGAAUACGCGCAGGAUCACGCCGUCGGCUUCAACCGCUUCUCCAGCAUUCAAAAGGAACCCGCAGACCACUCCGACGCCCGCUCCGCAACGAGGGACGUGCCAGAAGGGAGGGACGCGCCAGAAGGCAGCAAACCCGUCGGCCAAGAGGCAGUCGAGUCCGAGGGUAGCGGGGCUCGCAGGAAGCUGUACAAUGCGGCGCUGAAUACCGAGCAGGCCUUUACUCUGGACGAGGCCCAAGGCACGCUGACCAUUAGAGCCAUAGCCGUGGACAAGGUCCUGUUGGUCCUGCCGGGCAGACUGCUCCUCGGCACACCAAUGUACGCCGGCAUGGCUCAGAGGUUGGGACAAGUUUACUCCACCGGCGAGCCCAUUGAAGAGGCCGUUUGGAGGACGCUGAUUGCGAACCGCACGUAUCACGGCGAGAGACCUCCGCCCGACUUUGAGGUGCAGUAUCAAAACCUCAAACGACACGAGAUGGCGCUGUUGACGCGGGCCAUUAUCAUUUUGGGCGUAGGCUGUCUUCUUGCGCUGCCUUUCGCGACGCUCGGAAUCCGGUACAUGCCCGUCAUCGUUCAAGUUACCGUCGUAACCGGGUUGAUGGCUACUCGCAAGGUCCCGGCUGUACCCGGCGUCGUCUUUCUCGUUCUCCUUCCAGUCUUCCGCUGGCUCUGGGUCAUUGUCCUGGUACCGGUCUUGAUGGGGCUGACAUGGUACUGCGGGGCCAAGGCAUACCCGCUGCAAUUCCUCGAGGUCCUCAAGGGCAUGGGCGUCACCACGGCCGUCACGACUGGCUCGAUGCCGGCCGACUGCGCGGGCUACCUGACGAGCUUCAGCGUCAUGGGGAACCGUCAUGCCCUGUGCUUUACCGAGCAUCGCCUCAUGGGCUUACUGCCCCUCUUGACCAAGGUGGGCGACAUUGUAGCCGUCUUCCACGGCUGCGACGUGCCGUUUGUAGUGCGGCCGACGGAGCGCCAAGGCUACUACCGUUUGGUCGGCGAGUGUUAUGUGCACGGUGUUAUGAACGGAGACUGCGUGGCCGGACAGCCGAGUGACAUUGUCCUGUGCUAG